AUGGCAGCGUGUGUUCCGGAUUUAGAGGGUCGAACCCUUUUCCAUUAUGCAGCUGCUACAGGAAAGACCCAUGUGUCCAAGUAUUUUAUGGAGCAAGUGAAAGUUGAUGAUGUCAAUAUGAAAGAUGCAGGAGCUGAUCCAAACAUAAGAAAGCAUGGAGUGACACCUCUAGAAAGUGCUGCUUCUGAAGGGUUUACAGAAUUUUUCAAAUGCUUGUUGAAUGCUGGAGCUGAUCCCAAUGUUACCAGUUUUUAUGGAUUGACACCAAUAGAAAUUGCAGCAUUGCAAUGUAAUUAUCAGGGUGUCAUGAUUCUCUUUCCAGUUAUCUCUCGUAUUCUAGCUAUUCCAGACUGGAGAACAGGUGGAAUAAUGAAGUAUAUUCACUCUGAAGAGCUACACAGCAGAUAUUUGAUUGAAUUGGCUAUUAUGAGGAUGAACCGAAAGUUAAAGGAGAAAUUUUUGACCUUAAAAUCCAAGGGAGAAGAUGCUUUUAAGAGAGAGGGUUAUCUUGGUGCAAUAUGUUGGUAUACAGAGGCAAUAAACGCAGAGCCCUCUGAUGCUACUGUGUUAUCGAACCGAAGUUUGUGUUGGGAUCUCUUGAAUGAAGGAAGUCGUGCUUUACCUGAUGCUGAGUUUAUCCUACUCAAAAUUGAUAUUUCAUUAUCUGAUGAUGAGUGUCAUUUUACAAUGUUGCUGGAUUUUGUGAAAUCUGCAUAUUCGUUUAAUAAGGCAUUAGAGCUGGAUCCCAAGAAUGAGGAGCUUCAAAAGGCUUUCUGGUCCCAAAUUAUGUUGGGCCGCUCCUGUUGUUAUGCUCCCAAAGCUAGCAAUGAUGUUGUAGCAAUUGUAAAUGAGUAUGAUGUGAUGUGA